AUGCAAAGCCUUCUUCUUUGGAAUAGAACAACACAUCAACAACAACAACAAUACUUGAAUAAUUAUUAUCAACAACAAUCAUAUUAUCAUACUUGUUCAAUUGUGAGAAAUGUUGUGGAUCCUGCUGGUUGGACAAUCCCUGAAAAGAAUUCGUCGGGAUCAAUUGCAUCGGAAGAAGAUAAUUUAAAAAAAAGAAUUACAGUAUUAAUUAAUUCCUUCAUCAAAAAGAAUGAAUCUAUUCAAAUUAAACAUCCCGAAACAACAUCUGAAAAUUCACAAAAUGAUAUUCCACAAAGUAACACUCCUGAAAUGAAUGCAUCAAUAACCAAGCUUCAAAAUAGUACAUUUUCUAUUUGUGAUCGUAUUUUCAUGCUUGUUGAAAGAUAUGGCGAAUAUCUAUCCGAGGGAACAGUUCAUAGAGUUCUUGAACAUUUUGCUUCCAUGCAUCAACAUAAAUUGAAUGUUCUCAUUGUGUUUUCCUAUCUCAAUCCACAAACAAGUAACGGAGAGAAGAAGAGACAAAUUAAUUUGAGACUUUCUUCAAGCUAUGGACCACUACUGGAGUCAUAUGGUAAAUUACAUUUAUUCCAAAACAUGACCCAUAUUUUCUCAGCCAUCACUAAUUCUUUGACUACUGUAAAAUGCAAUGAUUUAGAAUCCAUUCGCGUUAAUAUGAGGAAAAGAAAUCAAAUUGUUAACUCAUUCCUCUAUAAUUUUUCAAGUAAUGGUGGUCCACUGACAAUUCUUUACAGAACUUUGAGAGAAGAAAGAUCAAAGAGACUUGAAUUUUUCCAUGAAUACGAAAAGAAUCUUCCAACAGAUGAAACAAGAUCACGAGAAGAAAUAUUUAUUCAAGACUUUGAUAUAUCUUGGGAUCCAAAAGCCAUCUCGUCAUAUUUCAUGAUUCAAAAUACCAAUGUUGAUAUUGCCAAGAGAUUAUUUGAUAUCAUGUCAUCUAAAAAUUGCAUAACUCGUGCAGAGCUAUCUGAAAUGGUGAGGAAGUAUGUUUUCAAGUUUAGAAUGCCAAAGAAGGCUGAGGAUUUACUUUUGGAAUUUUCAGUUAACUCAUCAAUCAAGCCAACAUUUGAGGAUUAUGCUGUUAUCAUUGUUGGUUAUAUUAAUACCAAUCAAUUAACUUUGGCAUUCAAAUUACUGAAGAAGCUGAUUGACUCUAGUAGAAUAAGACACAGAACUUACUCAAAGGCAGAAUUAACCAAUUUUAUUUCUAUCAUUUCUAUUUUAAUUAGACAAACUGUUGAUCCAAACAUUAUUUCACUAAUUGCCAAUAUUUCUGCAGAUAUUUUCUUUGAAUCAUUUGAAGCCAACAGUGAUCAUCUGUUACAAUUAUUGAAGGAAAUUAGAAAUGACAGACAAAUUAGAAAGCACAUUUUACAUUUUGCAGUAACUUUUAAUGAACAAUGGGCUAAACUCAUACUAGAAAGAAACUAUCCAAGAGCCAGCUUAGUCGAUGAAAAGGUAUCGAACUAUAUUUUGGAACAAUUUACAACCAAUGAAGACGUAAAGAUUGCACUUGAAAUUCUCAAACAAAUUAAGGAAAAGAAUGAAACUCUCAAAAUUAAAAAGAAGACAGAAUAA